AUGAUGUGGCUAGGAAAUAAGUUAUAUAAGCUAGAAAACAACUAUACAACAACUCUGGAAGAAUCUUAUAAAAAUCAUUUAGAGAAAUAUAUGGCGAGUUUUAAUUAUUGGAACCUUAUAGAUAGUGAAAGAACUUAUAAGGGAGCCAAUGCUUGGUAUAUAAUUGAAUUGUAUAGCUUACUUAAUUGUAUAUGUAAAAUAAUCAAUGAAUAUAAUCGUAAUUUAUCACAUAAAAGAAGAAAAAGGAUAUUAAAGGAUUUUUUAAGUAAUAAAAUAAAUAUACUAAUAUGUAUGGAUUUUAUUGCACGAGGUUUAGAUAUGAUGAAUUUAAAUUAUGUUGUAAAUUUUGAUAUCCCAAUGCAUUAUAAUGUAUUGACGCAUAGAGUUGGAAGAUUUUCCAAAUACAUCAAUCGGAAAGGAACUGUAUACUAUUUUAUUAAAAGAUCAGAAAAAAGAAUUAUGAUGAAAUCAGGAAAGUGA